AUGUGCUCUUAUUUUGCCCAAGACAUUUGGUCAGAGCAGAACAUAAAAAAUUCAUUUCAAAAAGUGAUACGGAGAAGAUAUAGAAAAUUUGGAGAUGAGAAUUUACCACUAAGAAAAGACUGUAAAAUUGUGGAUGAUUGUAAAAUGCACAAAAGAGUUUAUGAGAAACUUAACAAAUGUUUCACAGCUACCCAGAGCAAAACAUUUCUAUGUUAUAAAUAUGUAAAAGUCUUUUAUAAAUUUUCAAAUUCAAAUAGUAUAAGACAUACUAAAAAGAAACCUUUAAAAUGUAACAAAUGUGACAAAUCAUUUUGCAUGGUUUUACAUCUAAUUCAACAUAAAAGCAUUCAUACUAGAGAGAAACCAUACAAAUGUGAAGAAUGUGGCAAAGCCUUUAACUGGUCCUCACACCUUGCUACACAUAAGAGCAUUCAUAUUGGAGAGAAACCCUACAAAUGUGAAGAAUGUGGCAAAGGCUUUUGCAACUCCUCAUCUUUUACUACACAUAAGGGAAUUCAUAGUGGGGAAAAACCCUACAAAUGUGAAGAAUGUGGCAAAGCUUUUAAUGACCUAUCAACACUUACUAAACAUAAGAUAAUUCAUAGUGGGGAAAAGCCCUGCAAAUGUGAAGGAUGUGGCAAAGCUUUUAACCACCUAUCAACACUUACUAAACAUAAAAUAAUUCAUAGUAGACAGAAACCCUACAAAUGUGAAGAAUGUGGCAAAGCUUUUAAUUACUCUUCAAACCUUAAUAACCAUAAGAGAAUUCAUACUGGAGAGAAACCCUUCAAAUGUGAAGAAUGUGGCAAAGCUUUCAACCAGCUAUCAACCCUUACUAAACAUAAGAGAAUUCAUAAUGGAGAGAAACCCUACAAAUGUGAAGAAUGUGGGAAAGCUUUUAAGCAGUCAUCAACCCUUAUGAAACAUAAGAGAAUUCAUAGUGCAGAGAAACCUUUCAAAUGUGAAGAAUGUGGCAAAGGCUUUUGUGACUGCUCAUCCCUUACUACACACAAGAGGACUCAUACUGGAGAGAAACCCUUCAAAUGUGAAGAAUGUGGCAAAGAAUUUUGUGACUCCUCAUCCCUUACUACACAUAAGAGAAUUCAUAGUGCAGAAAAACCCUACAAAUGUGAAGAAUGUGGCAAAGAUUUUUGUAACUCCUCAUCCCUUACUACACAUAAGAGAAUUCAUAGUGGGGAAAAACCCUACAAAUGUGAAGAAUGUGGCAAAGCUUUCAACCACAAAUCAACUCUUACUAAACAUAAGAUAAUUCAUAGUGGGGAAAAACCUUACAAAUGUGAAGAAUGUGGCAAAGCUUUUAACCACCUAUCAACACUUACUAAACAUAAGAUAAUUCAUAGUAGACAGAAACCCUACAAAUGUGAAGAAUGUGGCAAAGGUUUUAAUUACUCUUCAAACCUUAAUAACCAUAAGAGAAUUCAUACUGGAGAGAAACUCUUCAAAUGUGAAGAAUGUGGCAAAGCUUUCAACCAGCUAUCAACCCUUACUAAACAUAAGAGAAUUCAUACUGGAGAGAAACCCUACAAAUGUGAAGAAUGUGGGAAAGCUUUUAAGCAGUCAUCAUCCCUUACCAAACAUAAGAGAAUUCAUAGUGCAGAGAAACUCUUCAAAUGUGAAGAAUGUGGCAAAGGCUUUUGUGACUCCUCACCCCUUACUAUACACAAGAGGACUCAUUGGAGAGAAGCCCUUCAAAUGUGA